UACUAAGCUGGCAAUCCAAUUGUUUUCUCGUUUCUGAUCAACUUCAGAGUAUAUUUCACGCAGUCGGAUGUUGUGCAGUAAGAGAAAUUAUAUUAAAGGCAGUCCACAGGAGAGAGAGGUUGCAAAUGGAGAAUUUAUUUCCAAUUAAUUAGUUCCAACAUCUUCAAAAGAUGUAGAAUGCACAUUCAAACAAAAGCGAGACGUACAAUAACUAUUUUCUAAACCACUGAUACCAAAACAAAAUAACAAACCAAAUGAUGAUUUCCAGGCUGAAUCUGGAUAGCUCCUUUUAAUUUCACCUGAUCAGUUCUCUUGCCCAGUACAUCAUCAUCUAUGCUUAAAAGCCGUUUACAACUUCUUUAUUCUCAAAUAGGCUCUUCUCCAAAUGGAACUGAUGUAAUCCUGCAUUAUGCAUCAUCUCUUUGGAUAUAAAUUCAUGUUAUUAGAUAUACAUAUAUAGACCAGUUGAAGGUAGAGUAGGAAUUUGCAGUAAAAUAUAUAUGGAGGAGGAGGAGAUGGUGUGUAGUAGCAUGGAGGAUGCGGAAAUGGUGAUGACUGAAAUCAGACUUUAGUAAUAUAAAGGCAGCAACCAAUUAGGUUGAUUCUUUAGUAGUAGGGUGGUGGAGGUGGAAGUGGUGAUUUAUAGUAUGGAGGAGGGGAAGCUGAAGGUGGUGGUGGUGACUUGUAAUAGUAUGGAGGGGGAGGUGAGGGUGAUGGUGGAGGUGGUGAUGGAGGUGGCGGUGAGGGAGGUGGAGGGGAUGGAGAUGGUGGUGGUGGGGAUUUGUAAUAAUAUGGAGGAGGAGGUGAUGGAGAUGGUGGUGGAGGAGAUUUAUAAUAGUAGGGAGGAGGAGGUGAUGGAGAUGGUGGAGGUGGUGAGGGAGGGGGAGGUGAAGGAGGUGGUGGGGAUGGAGAUGGUGGUGGAGGAGAUUUAUAGUAAUAGGGAGGAGGAGGUGAGGGAGAUGGUGGAGGUGGUGAUGGAGGGGGAGGUGAAGGAGGUGGUGGUGGAGGAGAUUUAUAGUAAUAGGGAGGAGGAGGUGAUGGAGGGGGAGGUGAAGGGGGUGGUGGGGAUGGAGAUGGUGGUGGAGGAGAUUUAUAGUAAUAGGGAGGAGGUGAUGGAGGGGGAGGUGAAGGUGGUGGUGGGGAUGGAGAUGGUGGUGGAGGAGAUUUAUAGUAGUAGGGUGGAAGCGAUGGAGACGGAGGUGGCGGAGAAGGGGAUGGUGGAGGUGGGGAUUUGUAGUAGUAUGAAGGGGGAGGUGAUGGCGGAGGUGGAGAAUGGAAAUAGAAUGGUGGAGGUGGGGAUGAAGGUGGAGGUGGUUUGUGAAAUAAGGGAGGUAGCACAAUCUCCAAAGCCACAACCCUGCUGGCUAUCAAGCAAAAUGCCAUGGCAUAAAAUAGGAUAGGCCAAAGGGGAGCCAUGUCCGGCCACUUCAAAUGGAUAACGACCAGUCCCUUGUUCAGAAGCAGACCUGAACUUCUAAGUAGAAAAAGAAAAGGAGAUAGAAAGACUACU